AUAAUUAUUGUUUCAAGUUCUUUAGCUGUAUUUUUUAACGCCAUGACUCCAAAACUAUUUUUUAUAGGAAUUUUAGGAGUAUUGUUGGUCGGUGGUGUAAACUGCAGUUGUGGUGACAGUCCUACACCUUCUCCAGCAACUAGCCCUCCACCGGCAACUAGUCCUCCACCAGCAACUAGUCCUCCACCCGCAAAUAGUACUCCACCAGCAACUAGCCCUACUCCUGCAACUGGCCCAGCACCUGCAACCGGUCCAACACCGGCAACUGGUCCAGCGCCUGCAACUGGUCCUGCUCCAGCACCUGGUUCUGCACCUUCAAAUGAUGCUGCAAGUAUUACUCCAGACUCUUAUCCUAACCCUAGAAGAGAUGAAAAAGUACAGGACACAUAUGCCGGCGGCGUCACGGUUAAUGAUCCGUACAGAUGGAUGGAAAAUCCAGACUGUCCCGAAACAAAAAAAUUUGUCCAAGACGAGAUGGCUCUUACCACAUCAUAUUUAGAAAAAAGUCCAUUCCGUGCUGAGUUGCAAGCUCGCUACAAAGAAUUGUAUGACUAUCCGAAAAUGUCGGGUCCUUUUCAACAGGGCAAACACUUUUUCACUCUACGAAAUACUGGUUUACAGAACCAAGAACUAAGGACUGAUCAGUUCCAGGGAUUUUCCAGAUCGGUCAUUUUUUACUUUUCGCAUAUGCGCUUGGUACUGGUGGCAGUGAUUGGAGGACAGUGCACUUCAAGGACGUAGAAAAAGGCACUGAUUUCAAAGACAAGU